AUGCAAACCAACAUCGCGACCCUCACAAAGUCCUACAAAGCCAUCGCUGCAAAGCGAAAGGCGAAACAGAACGAGGUCAAAGAGGUUCUGUUCGACGAUGAAGCAAGAAAGGAGUUUUUGACCGGUUUUCAUAAACGAAAAAAGGCCAAAAUAGAGGCUGCACGGCAAAAGGCGAAGGAAAGAGAGAAACAGGAAAGAUUAGAGGAACGCCGUGAGCGCAGGAAAGAGCUGCGCGAGCGAGCAAUAGAGAAUGCCGCUCAGGUGGAAAAGGCCUACAGAGCUCAGUUGGGCAACGAUAGCGAAGAGGAAGACGAUGAAUGGCAGGGAAUAGGCACUUCUUCGGCAGGAAAAGAACAGGACGAAGAAUACGAAGGGGAACAGGUGGUCGCCACCGUCACUGUCGUGGAAGAUUUUGACCCAACAACCAUUACCACUGGCCCCAUCCCUCCCCAACAACCCCCGGAAGAUGACGAUACCUCCGAUUCACCGCCCCGUCCUACCCCUUCCUCAUCAAAACCAGACUCGAAGCCCGGAUUGAGUAAAUCCAGGCCCAAGGUCAAUAAGGUGCAUUACGAAACCAAACAGGCACGGAGAUUCGAAAGAGAAAAACAACAUAAACGCAAGCUCGAAAAGGCUGCUCUAGCGGGCAGCAAAGCUGGCAGGAAGCAAAAGUCAAAGUCUAGGCGAUGA